AUGGCAGUCACCGACAUGGACGACAAGACAGGGGCCACCCUUACCACGACAUCAUCGCAACAAGACGGAACUAUUGACAAUGUUGCCGCUGGUAAGGCGGGUGUCUUUACUGCCUCUGCUGACUUCGAUGUGCAACGCCGUCUCAAUAAUCGUCAGCUACAGCUUAACGCCAUCGGUGGCACGAUAGGCGGCGCUCUGUUUAUCGCCAUGGGCUCGGCGCUUACAAAGGGAGGACCUGGUAGUCUGUUGUUGGGCUUUUUCAUUCAUAUCUGGUUCCAAGCAAUCGUGACGAGCUGCUCGGCAGAGAUGGACUCGUUCAUGCCGGUCUCAGGAGCAUUCAUCCAGCAUGCCAGUCGAUGGGUAGAUCCUGCGCUUGGUUUCAUGGUCGGCUGGAACUAUUACAUCUACAUCUCCCUGGGUGUGCCAUUCGAAAUGGUCAGCACCAGCAUAAUCCUAGGAUACUGGGCCGACGAUGUUCCAACUGCUGCGGUCAUCUGCGCAAUGAUCGUCUUCUAUACUCUCUUGAACAUUUUCGCUGUCAACUACUACGGUGAAUCCGAGUUCUGGUUGUCACUGGGUAAAGUGCUUCUGAUAGCUAUUUGUUUCUCGUUCACCUUCAUCACGAUGGUCGGUGGUAAUCCACAGAAUGAUGCCUAUGGGUUCCGGUACUGGAAGAAUCCGCUUGGCAGAUUCGAAGGCUUCCUCGCAUGCUAUUUCCAAGCUUGCUACCUCAUCACAGGACCCGACUAUGUAUCAAUGGUCGCUGGAGAAGCCAUCAAUCCCCGAGUCACAGUCAAGAGUGCUUACAAGACCAUGUAUAUCCGAUUUUUGGUCUUCUUCGUCGGGUCGGCUUUCUUUCUCGGAGUUGUCUGCGCUGCCAACGACCCAAGUCUACUAGCCGUCCUCAGUGGGACAAAGCCAGGCGCUGGGACUGGUGCCGCCUCGCCAUAUGUGAUCGCAGCACAAAACAUGGGCAUUUCCGUGCUGCCCAGCGUCAUCAACGCUCUCCUGCUUACUAGCAUCAUAUCGGCCGGCAACAACUAUCUCUAUGGUGGAACCAGAGCAUUGUAUGGAUUGGCUAAGCAAGGCCAGGCACCUAAGUUCUUCACGCGGUGUACGAAGAAUGGAGUCCCCUUGUACAGUCUGAUGGCAACACUGUUGUUCUCGGCAUUCGCGUUCUUGCAGCUGGGCAGGAGUUCUCAGGUGGUCUACUACUGGUUCGUUUCACUCGGCACAGCUGGUGGACUGAUCAACUAUCUCACUAUGGCUGUCACCUACAUCUACUUCCACAGAGGACUUCAAGCUCAGGGUAUCGAUCGAUCUACUCUCCCUUAUAAAGGCUGGGGCCAGCCUUAUCUCACCUGGAUCAUCAUCGUCUGGUAUCCAAUUGUUCUCUUGACUUUUGGCUACAUUAGCUUUGUCGGGCCAUGGGACAACCUCACCUUCUUCAGCUAUUACACGUUGCUGAUUCUCUCUCCGAUUACUUAUGGCGUCUGGAAGCUAGUCAAGCGCACAAAGGUGGUCAAACCAGCCGAGAUGGAUCUCUUGUGGGCGAGACCUUCUGUCGAUGCGCACGAGGCCACACUGAGUGGCACACCUAUCGGGUUUUGGCGCGAGAUGGGACAGCUCAUGGGGAUAGGACGGUCAAGGGGGGUUCGUGUGAACAAUCAUAUGAUCUAA